GACAGCCGCGCUCGGCAACGCCGGAGCUCCGGGCUGCACUUGUUGAUCUCCGUUCCGGGGCAGCGGGAGGAAGCACCGGAGCUCUCCUUUGUGUCUGCACGGAGAGCGGGCUGGGGGCGGGGGCAGACGCGGCUCCGGCGCUGGCUGUAGGCAGGAGAGAGGAGCCGCAGCCGAGGGAAGGCCUUGGAAAGCUUCCUGCCGAAGGAUACGAUUUACCUCGUUUCCCUUCCCCUCCCCCUGGGCUCCGCGGACAGCCGGGAGCGCCGCCGCCAUCCCUCCGCCUUGAGGCUGCCCGCGGGGGGAUGCGAGCGGGGCCGCCCCUGCCGCCCGCCCCGCCGCAGGAUGUAGCCGCCCUCGGCCCCGCACACCCCGCACCGCCUCGCUGGGAGCCCGCAGGAGGAGCUCUGGGACAUGGAGGGGAAGGAGAGGUGAGCAGAGCCGGCCCCCGCGCCCUGCCCCGCGCCGCACCUUGGAGCGUCCAGCCUGAGGGGGACCAGCGAUGCCUCUGGGGAUGAAUAAGCAUGGAUCUCGCUCUACUACCUCUUUGCCUCCGGACCCCACCGAGAUCGUCAGGAGCAAGGCCUGCUCCCGAAGGGUCAAGCUCAACGUGGGGGGGCUGGCCCACGAGGUUCUCUGGCGGACCUUGGACAGGUUGCCGCGGACCAGGCUGGGUAAGCUCAGAGACUGCAACACACACGACUCCCUCAUGGAGAUCUGUGAUGACUACAACCUGGAGGAGAACGAGUACUUCUUCGACAGGCAUCCCGGGGCAUUCACCUCGAUCUUGAACUUCUACCGUACUGGCAAGCUGCACAUGAUGGAGGAGAUGUGCGCCUUGUCCUUCAGCCAGGAGCUGGACUACUGGGGGGUGGACGAGAUCUACCUGGAGUCCUGCUGCCAGGCCCGCUACCACCAGAAGAAGGAGCAGAUGAACGAGGAGCUGAAGAGAGAAGCUGAGACCCUGAGGGAAAGGGAAGGGGAGGAAUUCGAUAACACUUGCUGUGCUGAGAAAAGGAAAAAGCUCUGGGACCUCCUGGAGAAGCCCAACUCCUCCGUAGCGGCCAAGAUUUUGGCAAUCAUUUCCAUCAUGUUUAUUGUACUAUCUACAAUUGCCUUGUCCCUUAACACACUUCCUGAACUACAAGGCAUGGAUGAAUUUGGGCAGACCACAGAUAACCCCCAACUUGCCCACGUGGAAGCAGUGUGCAUUGCAUGGUUUACAAUGGAAUACCUCCUGCGGUUCCUCUCCUCGCCUAAGAAAUGGAAGUUUUUCAAAGGCCCCCUGAAUGCUAUAGAUUUGCUGGCUAUCUUACCCUACUAUGUCACUAUCUUCCUCACUGAAUCCAAUAAAAGUGUACUUCAGUUCCAAAAUGUACGACGAGUGGUCCAAAUAUUUCGGAUUAUGAGGAUACUCCGGAUACUAAAGCUCGCCCGGCACUCAACGGGUUUACAGUCCUUGGGGUUUACACUCAGGAGAAGUUACAAUGAGCUUGGAUUACUCAUCUUGUUUUUGGCCAUGGGCAUUAUGAUCUUUUCCAGUUUAGUGUUUUUUGCAGAAAAGGACGAGGAUGAUACAAAAUUCAAGAGCAUCCCAGCUUCCUUCUGGUGGGCAACAAUCACCAUGACAACAGUAGGCUACGGAGAUAUCUACCCCAAAACUCUUUUAGGUAAAAUAGUAGGAGGACUGUGCUGCAUUGCUGGUGUGCUGGUGAUUGCUCUUCCCAUCCCAAUUAUUGUCAAUAACUUCUCUGAGUUCUACAAAGAGCAGAAGAGGCAGGAGAAAGCCAUUAAGCGCAGGGAAGCUCUUGAAAGAGCAAAAAGGAAUGGUAGUAUUGUUUCCAUGAACAUGAAGGAUGCUUUUGCCCGCAGCAUAGAACUCAUGGACAUUGUGGUUGAAAAGAAUGGAGAAAGCAUAACCAAAAAGGAUAAAGUUCAGGACAAUCAUUUAUCUCCCAGCAAAUGGAAAUGGACCAAGAGAACCCUUUCUGAAACUAGCUCUAGUAAAUCUUUUGAAACUAAGGAACCGGGAUCCCCAGAAAAAGCCAGGUCAUCUUCAAGUCCCCAGCACUUGAACGUCCAGCAGCUUGAGGACAUGUACAACAAAAUGGCAAAGACUCAGUCCCAGCCAAACCUUAACACUAAAGAGUCGAGUCAGCCCGGAAGGCAAAAGGAAGAGCUAGAAAUGGAAACCCUUCCCGGCCCUAUGGUGCCCCUGCUGACAACUCGCACUGAUGGGAUCGUUGACAUGAGGAGCAUGUCCAGCAUCGACAGCUUCAUAAGCUGUGCGGCAGAGUUCCCCGACUCCGGGCGGUUCUCCCACAGCCCGCUCACCACCCUGCCCUGCAAGGGCAGCAUUAACGUCAUCCAGGAGCAGAGCAGGCCAGAGGGGAGCGGUGCCAGGUAUGUGGAAAUGAACCCGAGCUCCGAAGGCAGCCACCGUUCUGCUUUUUUCAUUGAAAGUCCCAAAAGCUCCAUAAAGGCCAGUAACCCUUUAAAACUAAGAUCUCUGAAAGUCAACUUCAUGGAAGAGGACACCAGCACAUUAGUACCAGCAUCAAAUGUACUGAGGAUAUAUCCAGACUCUCUCAAGAGCCGGGGAGCUGCUGCUGCCACAGAUACUUCCUUACUCUCUGACAGAUCUCUCAUGAGCCCAGAACCCUCAAUCUACACAACUGCGAGCGCGAGAACCCCCCCAAAGUCACCGGAGUCACAGGCAGCCAUAGCUUUCAACUUCCAUGAUGCUGGUAUACACAAAUAUAUAGACGCUGACACCGAUGACGAAGGUCAGCUGAUGUACGAUUCAAGUCCGCCCGGAAAUGUGAGUCCCAAGUACAAUGUUACAAACAGUGGCUAUCUAAAGCAAAAGGACCAUGUUUAUAGAACAGAGAAGAACCAUCUAGAAGCUGCUGCUUUACCCACCUCCCCUAAGCUGAUAGGGCAGAACUGCAUUUACUCUAUGGAAGGUAUCACUGGAAGAACCCAGGGCAAUCAGGAGACUGUCAGACUAGAAAAUCACAUUUCCCCAGAAGUCCAUGUAUUACCAGGCAGUGGAGGACAUGCUAACACACAUGAUCAAAGCAUCUGAGGUGGGCUCCAAAAGAACUUACUGAAAGUUUAAAGGAAUGUCUUUACAGUCAACACAAACAAAAGAGCUUCUGCAUGGCAUGAACUUGGCUGAAACAAGCCACUUGUUUCUAAAAGUCUGGGGGAGGUCCAGUGUGGGUUUGUGAAAAUGUCCUUCUCUGAAACAACUCUAAAGACAUUGACCACAUCAGUCAAAAAUAAGGAUUGCAAAUCAUGAUCACACAUUGAUCUCCUUUCAUGUUGUCCAGUGAAGCCAAUGUGACCAAAUAUCCAUCCAUUCCCCUUGAACGCUAGAGCUCCUUUUGGAAAUAUUAACAUCUGAUUUGCGUUAGUUCCAUAAAGGAUGCCAAGGCAGCCAGAUUUGAACUCUGGAAUAAAUUGCUGGGGUUGGUAUAAAGCUUUCAAAAACACAAUGCUCACUGCUUCAGGGCAGCUGUUCCCCAUCUACAGCUUUCUCUGAUGGAUAUUAUGUCUAAAGGUAACAGGGAACACUUGCAUUAUUGGAAAAUCCGAGUGAAAACCAUUUAAAACAAAUAAUGGUCUAGAGAAACCAAUUAUUAAAAUGCUCUCUGUGUGUUUAACAAUCCGAUAUCCUGUAGGACCUGAUGUUUUCUUUUGAAAUAUCAGCAGGGUGAGUUGCACCACUUGUAUCUAAUCCCAAACAUCCCCUAGGACAUAGUGAAACUUGCACUGACCCUCUGCUAAAAGCCGGUACCUGCCCCAGGGCCAGCGCGUGGCCCUCGGGGGCCCACAGCCCACGUGGGAAGGUGUGAAGGAGCCAUGCAGAAGCAGGACUCUCCAGGGGCACCGCAGCCAGACCCCCUUCCCGGUGCCGGGGAGCGCAGGGCUGGAAGGAGAGCUCGGCUCUCGCCCUCGGUGGGGAGGGAGAUGUGGCUGCGCUGCCCGCGGGGACGGUGAGCGCGGCGAGACCCCCGGCACGUUCCGGGGGCACCGGGAUGGCUGCCUGGCCCCCCCUUCCAGCCCGCCCGCCGGCUCCAGGCGCCAACCAGAGUCUCGCCCUUGGCGUAGGAGAGGAACAGGUUGGUCCGAAGCUUUUUGCGCCCAAGCAGCGCAGUGAAAGAUAUGCAAGUGUUACAUAAAUAUGCAAAAAGAGGGAUUCGUUAGUGACCCGUCCCGGGCCUGGCUGUGCUCCCUCUCGCCAGGAGGUUGGACAGGAGAGGCUCCUGCAGAGCCGUGGCAUGAAGCAGCUGCGAGAGGCAGGAGAAUCAGGCCUGACGUUUUAAUAACAUCCAGUCGUUUUUAAGCGAAACGAGAAAAGAAAAAAAAAAAGAGAAAAAAAAAAAGAUCUGACCAUUUUAAGUGAACAGAACUAGCAGCCACCAGCCUAGGUUUUUAAAAUAUUAUUGUUUCAAUAAAGUUAUGUCAAAUUGUGUAGGAAAUAAUUUGUCUUUGGUUUUUAAUCUUGGGGGGGAAAAGCACUUUACGUUGACUUUUUGUUGUCGUUGUUGCAAUGCUGGAGUAGGAUAGCAGAGUGUAACAAUCAAGCACUUUAACCAAGCACUACUUUAAUUUGUGCCUCCUGUUGUGACUGUGAUUUGUUACACGCCUGUAGCAAGUCACAACCUGUCCUGUGAUAACUGUGAUGGUAAUCUUUUCCGUUGUUCUCUGUUUCUACUGUAAAACUCAACUGUAAAUAACUGUCAAUGAGCGUUUCCUGACCUAUUCCGAGUUCUGCCGGGGCGUGUAGCGAUCUGCAGGCAGCAGGUCUGGGGACGAGCUGAGACACGGGACGCGGGAGCGGAGACACAGGUGGGAGGAAGACCCCCCCCCCAAGCCGCUCGAGUCCGCUGCGUUUUGUUCCUUCCUAUUGUAAAACCAAGCCGUUGGUUAGUCCUGAAUGUACCGUCUGUCCGUCCAGGCCGUGCCGCACUCCUGUCUGUAACCCUAGUGGUGAAUGCAGCAUGUACAGACAAAAGCAAUAAGCACAUACCUGUUUUAGUAACUACCGUGGGUUGCGGUGAGAGCUUUGUUAGGUGUCUCCUCGGCACAAACUGUACACACGGUGGAGUGACUCUGCUCUGCUCAGCCGACCCUGGCCCCGGGCGGUGGGACCAGCCCAGGGACUCGCUCAGAGCCGCCCUUGCAAGGCGAGACCCCGGGAAGGCGCGAGUGAGACCUGAGCCACCCCCUCAGGAAUUACCUCGUGCCGCGCAAAGAGUGACGCGGAAGGUACCCAAAAGAAGUCCCAGGCACCGUGUGCUCCACAGGGUAUUUACACAGGGCCAGUUCCUGAGGUUUGUUCGCUUUUACUCUGCCUUCCCGCAGCCUAAACCACCGUUCCUCUGAGUGGGCUCUUUGCCUGGUGAAGGACUUUAGGAUUUGGCCAUAGUAAAUACAAGUGUACUUAGAGGAACCGACGUAUUGCUGAGAUACUAGUUAAGAUUGAGCCGACAUGAAAAAGUGAAGUGACUUUCCAGCAGAUAAGCUUUAAAUACUGAUUUAUUCUGUGGCUUUCUGAGGCCACGGAGCAGCAACGAGAAAUCUUAAGGAGAACAGUCUUAACAUAAUCUCUGUGUUUUAGUGAUCAUUCAUGUCUGCCAUCUGCACAACUGUAAAAAGAAGAAAAAAUCAGGGAAAAUUUUUUUGAUAAAGUAACUAAUAGUGAUUUCCAAGUUAAAUAUUUUUAGAGCUGAUGCUUUCAUGUGGAAAAAAAAGUCAUAUUUUACAUAUCGCAAAAGUGAACGUAUUUAAAUAUAGCCAUAUAGUGUAGUAUUUACCACACUCUCAUCCAAAUUGAUGUAUUUGGUUUAUAGAUGGCACUGACAAAAAUGUAUAGAUCAACAAUUCUAUCAUUUUUUAUCUGAUAAUCAACUGGUGCAACUCUCCUUGUAACCAAAGGCCCUCUGUCUGCCUUGUGUGAUCGCUCACGACACACACCUUAUGUCAUCUAUUUAGUCCUACCUUUAAAGUAGCAUUUUAUUGAGUCACUUUUGAAAGCCAAAUUCAAAAGUAUCAUUAAAAAUCUACCUUUUAAGUCUGAAUAGCCAAAGUCCUAUAGAUUUCUUAUAGAAAGCAAAUAAUUAAAAAUUAAGCAUAUAAUAUGCUUGAAGAGCAUUUCUUUCUUAUUUGUGUAUGAAGAUGUAGCUCUCAUUUUGUGCCCAAUUAAAAAGGAAGUAUGUUUAAUUUAUUUUAAUGAAAUAAAGUCUGAACAUGAAGUAUGUAUCUAUAUAUGUGUGUGUGUGCAUAAUACACAUAUAUAUAAUGUAAGCACUGGGAAAUCUACUCUAACCUAAAGCUGUGAUAGACUAAAUCUGUACUCAUUGCAAAGGAAAGGCAGUGCUUUGAAAACAUAAUGCUCACCAAAUCCUAUAGACCCUAGAAAGACAAUUUAAUGUUAUAGUUUGUUUGAUACAUGUUUCCCAAAGUUCAUAACAGUUGGGGAAAAUAGGCAUUAUCUCCUGCAUGCAGUAUCUCCUGAUUAAAGCAUGCAGUUUAAUCACUGAUAUUUGGCAUUCAGGUCUGCGAAUUUACUGUGCACCAUGUAUCAAGCAAGCUGACAGAGCCUCACCUGCUGCUGCAGAAGACUUCACACCUGAAAGGACUAUGUACGUGUGAUGUCUGCGCUUGCUUGUAUCCUACACCAUCAAUGUUGUUUUUAAUACAUAUCUAUAAAUAUAUAUAUAGAACAUAUAUAUAUGUGGAAGGAGUGGGUGCAGUUGUCUUAACCAGGAGGCAAAGAUUCUUUGAGUUUUAGCCUUGAACAGAGGAAAAAAGCCGUGACAUUGCAGUAGAUUUCUCAGUGCCUUUUCUUAGAAACUUCACCUAAGCACACUUAUGGAAAAAAAAAAACCCUAACAAAAAACAAAAAAAAACCAGAAAACAACCCAAAACAAAAGAGUCUCCUGUGAAAUCCACAUUUUUUCUGAAAGGUUCGAGAGUCAAUAAAGGUAGAAGAAAGGAGGAAAAAAAAAAAAAAGAGAGAGAGAGAGAGAGAGAGGAAAAGAAAACCCG